AUGACGACCACAUCAACGACAUCGGCGCCUCUGUCUUUAGACGAUUGGUGUACACAGUAUGCACCGCUCUCAGAAGCGCAGAAAUUGUCGGUAAGCCGUCUAAGUACAUGGGUCUCGCCGACCGAUACCAACACAGCCCUACCCACGCCAGAAAGGCCCCCCUCAGAUCCGAUGCACGCGAACCUCACCUAUCACUUGUCGCAGAUUAGCGACGAGCUUGUGCAGGCAUCACAGCCAAGGUACGACACAGAUCUCGCGUCUCUGCAAACGAGCCUCCAACAACUCGACGAACUCGUGGCCUUGGUCACGCAAGCGCAAACGCACAUGGGCGAUCUCCAAGCGGGGCUGACGUACAUCGAUGACAGUGCCUCCGAGUUGAUGACACAGGCGACAUCGCUCCUGCAUACGCAGGCGCAGCUCACGUCGCUCCAUGAAGCGCUAACGCUGCGUCUUUCGUACUUUGGCGUGCUAGCGCAGGCGACACAGAUGUUGUCCGAUACCUCGACCGACGUUCAUGCGCCUGCUUUCCGGUCCAUUGUACACCGCCUAUUUCUGGCCCUUGAGUUCAUGGAGACGCAUGGUCAGUACAAAGAUGCCGCUGUAUACCAACUGCGUUUGGAAAACGCUCUUCAACGUGCUAUGACAUUAAUCAAGCAAGCCUUUGUACACCAAGGCACAGAGCAUGCACAGGCAGCGCGUACACGGCUGCACGAGGAGUACCAGAAGCAGGACACGGCCUCUGUCGUAGACGUUACCGCGCCAGCGGUGCGGGAAGCUUUGUACGAGAGCGUGCAAGCAUGGCUCCCUAUGUAUACGGCGUACCUAGCGCCGCUAGAGACGUGGGCGCCACGUCGCCCGGCGAUGGCUACGAUGCUCGCCGAGUUUCAUACAGUAUUGCAGCGCUGGCGUACCCCCCUGGUCCAGCAGGGCAUGGAAUACAGUAGGGCCAGGGACAGCGAUCCUAGUGUGCCAUGGGUCCAGCGCCUGGAACAGGCCUUAGCAAGUGCGCAGCGUGUCUACGAAGCGGAAACAGCGUUGUAUGCAGGACUUUUCAAGGAUACGAAGGCUCUGCAGCCCAUCGCACAGGCCGUCGGUGAAAGUGUCAAGGCAUGGCUAGCGCCGCAGCUAGCAACGUCGCCCUCGCUCGAGACCCUCAGCGAGGUCGCACGCUUGGUCUCGGCAUGUCAGGAAACCUGGUGUGCGCCCUUGUGGUUGAGUGUGCAAACGCAUCUUCAGCAGCAAUCCAACGCCUUUCUGAAGUCGUGGCGCGCGUACAAACCGACCGCCUCGGACCUGGCGUACCCCACCUGCGCAGAAGAAGCGCCAGGACUGCCUACGCCUGCGUCGUGGUACCCGCCUGUGCGUGCCAUGUGGCAGCUGCAGCGGUGGAUUUCGCCGUGUAUGCCGCCAGGCCUUUUGCAAGAGCUUCUGCUACAGGCGUAUGACGUGUGCGAUACGAAACUCCAGGACGCGGGGAAGCAGCUGCGCGAAAACAAGCUCGGUGGUGAAGAAGGGGAUGCAGCGGAUGCACUCUUAUUCCAGCUGCGCCAUAUCCAGGUGGUCUUGCAUAUGUGGGACGAGGUGAAUGCGCAAUGUGAGACGACGUCACACACCAUGGAGCCAUCCACUCCUACGCGACCAUCGCGCUGGCAGGCCAUCGGUCGGAAACAGGCCGGCGCCUCAGAGGCAUGGCGAGCAACGCAGCAGCGCUGGCAGACAUGGCAGGCCACGACGCAAGCGGAGCUCAGUACGUUUAUUGCGUCCAGCCUGGCGCUGCCCCUGCAGAUCUUCCUGCGUCAGCAAGAGCCGAAUGCCAGCAAAGCAUGGGCCGCCUACACGACAUUCCAGCAAAGUCUGGAUGUGAAUGCCGACGAAGAAGCCAAAAAGCUCUAUAUAUACCUGCCCACCGACACGGUAGCGCCGGUGGUGAAUGAGAUCCUGACGGCGCUGCGUACAACGUAUUCCGAGUUUCGGGAAUGCUGUGAGAAGAUCCCAGCGGAAGACCCUACCGUACUAGAUGAUAUGAUCUCACUAGAGGCCCUGCAUGCGUGCUUGGCGGCAUGCUUGGCAGCGCCAUCGUCGUAA